GCUGCUAAUCUACUAUGGAUUUCUAUCCUCGACACAGCAUUUUCAGUGAAUUGCAGUCCGUCCAUGAAACAGGGUAUUAUAACGCACAGCUAUCACUUGAGGACCGAUGGCAGCAGGUGAGUGAAUGUCUUGGAAAAGAUUUAUUAUCGAAUAUUUUUAAGUGAUAAUAGUUUUUGAAGAUUGUUUGGAUACUUAAUUAAUUGUGUGACAAAUGGAUUAUAUAUAAUUGAGUAGAUCAUCGAGGAAAACUCUGCAAUGGUGAGUUUGAAAUAAUUGAAUCCAUUGUUUAACUGUAGUUCAAAAUGUGCCUCAAAUAUCUCUCUGUUUGGAAUAUAUCCCUAACUCAGACGAUUAUGGAAAUGGAACGGUAUUUGAAAGAAGAGCCAAAAUCCUUUAAGUGUACGCCUGAUAGUUUGUGGGACCGAUUUUCUUUAAAGGAAGAGACCAAAUUCGUUGAGGACUUAGAAUGUAGUACGAGUAGUUUGACGGACAGUGGGAACAGUAGUGGUUCAGAGGACCGUUUAUCAGUGUCUGAUUUGGAUGCUGAACCUCCAGAGAAAAGUAGAAGAAUAACGACAGUUAAGGAAUCUAGACCUCGCUUCGAUAUUCUAGAUGGAAGCAAGCGAAGGAUCCACAAGUGCCAAUUUAGUGGGUGCAAGAAAGUCUACACAAAGUCUUCACACCUUAAAGCUCACCAAAGAACGCAUACAGGUGAGAAACCAUACAAGUGUUCUUGGGAAGGCUGUGAAUGGCGCUUCGCACGUUCAGACGAGCUAACGCGCCACUAUAGGAAGCACACCGGUUCCAAGCCUUUCAAAUGCAGCUUCUGUGAUCGCUGUUUCUCUCGCUCUGACCACCUUGCACUACAUAUGAAGCGGCAUCAGUGACCCCUGGACCAAAACACCUAGUCCAUGAUCGCCUCUUUCCUUUUACAUAAACGCUUUUUGUAAAAACAUUUUUUUAUACUAUGACCCUUUGGCAUGGGGUGCGUUCCUCCCUUUUUUUUCUACUGCAAAAACCCGAGCUCACCGUUCAAGUUGAAAAAAAAUAAAAGUUUCUUCGGGAGGAAAACAGAUACUCAUUUUCAAAGGUCUUUCUUGAUCAAACAUUUCAUUUGCUAACUGUAUUCAUUAAUUCAUACUUUCUCCCGAACGACUUAAUUAAGCUUUUUUCUUCCGGUUACUGGUGAUGCCUAAAACUGAGAGAACAUUCCCGGGUUAUUUUUGUAAGUUGUCAUUCAUUACUCGUCACUGCCUUGCAUCAGAAUGGAUCAAGUCAUGUGUUGUAGUCAUUUUUAGAUGUGAACAUUUGGAAGGAAGUCUCAUAUUGGAAAAAAUAAAAAUUCAGUGUUGCUCAUUGCUUGUUAAUGCAUUCUUUUGACAUUUGUUUUGUUGUUGAUUCAUGAUGAUAACUUGACCACUAGAAUAAAGACGAAGGGCUUUUGAGAGCGGAACCUCGUAACAAAAAGGAGUCAUCUUGUGAAGAAAAGUUGCCUUGCUUCAAACUAGUCGGUGCUCAUGAAAUAUGACCAUGCCUUGAAGAACUGAGAUGGUUUUAGAAAAAAAGAAGCAUCAAUAUCGUCAAAAAAUUCAUUUUUACAUUGAACCAUCUUGUAUAUAUGAGAACUGUCUGUUCUAUUCAUCAUUUGUACUGUUUUCCAUGUUGAUUUUUUUGUCAUUGUAAAUAAGUACUCUCGACUGAUGAAAAAUGAAAAAAAAAAAAUUAAAUAAAUGAAUAAAAAAUUAUGAAAAAAAAAGAUGAAUGUACCAAAACGACAGAGUUUAAAAAGUGAAUAUUAAAAUAAAAAAGAAUUUCAAAGCUCGUACCAAUUAAUAUGUAAUGCCAUUAAAAUAAUCACUCUACUUUCAAAUAGAUAUCUCUAUUGUGCUUUACAAAUAACUAUUUCCUGUGCUUGGAUUUACUCUUAAAUAAAAGCUUUCUUGCUAUUGCUUGAAAGAUACCUUAGCGCUUUAUAGCGUAAUCAAUAUCAGCUAUGUGAAGAAAAAUGAUUGUGUGAUACUAAAUUAGAUGGACUGAAAAAAAUACUUGACUAGUAAACUAUGUGUUGUUGAUAAUUAUUAUUAUUGGGUACACUACUGUUUGUGUGAUUUGCUAUUUUGGUACAAUUUAUAAUUGAUGAUUUGCAAUUUUGAAUUAUUGAGGUUGAAAGCUAUUUUCAUUUACCGAUGCAUUUAAAAGCACUCGGUCUUUUUUAAAUAAAUAUAAAAUACCAAGACCUGGGUGCAAUUUUUUUGCACGCUACCGGCACAACCUUUGUCAUGGAAAAUUUUUUUGUAAAAUCGAAUUCAAACAUUGAAGCCUUAUUAGAUUAGUUAUUAUAGAGUUGUUUAAGAAUUGCAUGGCAAAGAUUUAUUAUGUAAAUUGUUUUCUUUAAAUAUUAUAUUGAUGCAUUUCUAAAAAUAAAUAUAUUUGUUUCUAAGAAAA